GUGAGGGGGAAGGACCCGUCAUGGCGGCGGCGGUGGUGGCGGCCGGGCGGGCGUGUGCCCGCGGGGCGCUCCGAGCGGCCUGGAGAGGCUUUGCUUCUGUGCCAGUGAAAGGGAGUUGCAGCUCGUACUCCAGCCUGGCAUGGGCUUUCCAGACACGGUGCUCCCUCUCUGCCCCCUGGACUGGGACAGUGGAGCAGUGCAGGAAAAGCAGCUUCUUCAAUACAUUGACAGCUGAUCAGCUGUGGAAAGGAGCUUUGGCAGAGACUGGCGUGGGAGUGAAGAAAGGAAGAGGAAAGAAAAGGAAGAAAAAGCUAAGGAAGAAUCUCAAUAGAGGCCAGGAGAUUGGUGAAGGACGUUCUGGGUUCCUCUGGCCUGGCCUCAAUGCUCCUGUGAUACAAACUGGGAGAGUCCAGGAAGUUGCCCAACGAAAAAAAGAAGAAMGAGAGAAAAUUCAGUCUGAAAUUAUUCAGCAGAGAGACACAUGGGAGAGGAAAAAGAAAAUCAAAAUUAAGAGAGAGGGAGGAUGGAGUGGAAAGUGUUGGGGUGGUAUUCUUCUGGAUCCUCCUGACCCUGGUCCUAAUGGAGAAACUUAUGAAGAUUUUGAGACAAGAGUCAUCGAGGUGAGAAAUGUGUUUUGUAUGAAGGCAAAGGAAGGCAGAAAAAAAUCAGUACGUGCCUUGGUGGCUGUUGGAAAUGGUAAAGGGGCUGCAGGUUUUGCAACGGGGAAGGCAGGAGACAGGAUGAAUGCUUUAAGGAAGGCAAAGAAUAAAGCAAUAAGCUCCUUACAGUUUGUAGAGCUGUAUCAGAACCACACAAUUUACCACGACAUUUCAGUGAAAUUUAAAAGGACAAAUAUCCGCAUGAAGAAGCAAAACAAAGGGUAUGGUCUCCGCUGUCACCGAGCCAUUAUCACCAUCUGCAGGCUGAUUGGCAUCAAGGACAUGUAUGCCAAGGUCACAGGAUCCAAAAACUUGAUUAACAUCACCAGAGCUCUCUUUAAAGGCUUGGCCCUACAGGUGGGUGCCCUCCCAGUGCCCCUGAGGUCAGGGAGCAGAAGGGAUGGGUAUUGUAACAGUUUGUGGGCAAGCAGCUUUGGCUCCAGGCUUAAAAUGAAGUAAUUUUGCAAAGAGCAA